CGGAGACAGCGGGAGCCGGCGAGCGAGAGUCAGGGGUCACAGGAGCGCGAGUGGACCUGAGCCAAGAUGCCGCCGCUGGGACCCUGAGAGGGCCCUGUUCCUGGACGCUCAGAGUCGGCGGUGACAAAGCGCCUGGGGAGCUGCAUCGUCUCCCCCACCACGGACCCUCUUGGCUCCAGUGAGGAAGGGGCUCGGGAGCCUGGGCAGGACCAGCUGCGCUGCAGCUAUGGACCGUGAGCUGGCCCAGCCGGCGUCCUUGCUGACCCUGCCCAACUGCGGCGAUGCCCACCAUGGACUUCGUGUACAUCACAGUGGAGCUGGCCAUCGCCGUGCUGGCCGUGCUGGGCAACGUGCUCGUGUGCUGGGCCGUGUGGCUCAACAGCAACCUGCAGAACGUCACCAACUACUUUGUGGUGUCACUAGCAGCGGCCGACAUUGCCGUGGGGGUCCUUGCCAUCCCCUUCGCCAUCACCAUCAGCACAGGCUUCUGUGCCGCCUGCCAUGGCUGUCUUUUCAUCGCCUGCUUUGUCCUGGUCCUCACACAGAGUUCCAUCUUCAGCCUCCUGGCCAUCGCCAUUGACCGCUAUAUUGCCAUCCGUAUCCCACUCAGGUACAAUGGCUUGGUGACUGGCACGAAGGCCAAGGGCAUCAUUGGCGUCUGCUGGGUGCUGUCAUUUGCCAUCGGCCUGACUCCCAUGCUGGGCUGGAACAACUGCAGUCACCUGGAGGUGAACAAAAAUAACUCGAAGAACUGCACGGAGAGCCAGGUGGCCUGUCUCUUUGAGGACGUGGUCCCCAUGAACUACAUGGUCUACUACAACUUCUUCGCUUGCGUCCUGGUGCCCCUGCUGCUCAUGCUGGGCAUCUACUUGCGGAUCUUCCUGGCUGCCCGGCGACAGCUGAAGCAAAUGGAAAGCCAUCCUCUGCCAGGGGAGCGGACUCGGUCCACACUACAAAAGGAGGUCCACGCUGCCAAGUCCCUGGCCAUCAUAGUGGGGCUCUUCGCACUCUGUUGGCUCCCCCUGCACAUCAUCAACUGUUUCACCUUCUUCUGCCCUGAGUGCCAACACGCCCCGAGCUGGCUCAUGUACCUGGCCAUCAUCCUCUCCCACAGCAACUCUGUUGUGAACCCCUUCAUCUAUGCCUACCGCAUCCGAGAGUUCCGCCAGACCUUCCGCAAGAUCAUCCGCAGCCACAUUCUGAGGCAGCAGGAGCCCUUCAAGGCCGGGGCCUCCAGUGCCCGGGCCGUGGCUGCUCAUGGCAGCGAUGGAGAACAGAUCAGCCUCCGCCUCAACGGCCACCCUCCUGGGGUGUGGGCCAACGGCAGUGCCCCCAACCCCGGGCGGAGGCCCAAUGGCUAUGCCCUAGGGCUGGUGAGUGGUGGGGGUGCCAGUGAGUCCCAUGGGGACAUGAGCCUCCCGGAUGUGGAGCUCCUUAGCCAUGAGCUCAAGGGUGAGUGUCCAGAGCCCCCUGGCCUAGAGGGCUCCCUGGCCCAGGAUGGAGCAGGAGUGUCUUGAUCGACUGAGUUAGUUCCUUCCUGAGGGAAGGAAAUCUUUCUUCCUCUGGUCGGUGGAACCAGUUGUUUUGGGAAAAGAGUGAGUUUGCUAGGAGCCAGGAGACCCUCUGGUGGCUGACAUUGGACUGAGAGAUGGAACCCCAGCUGGAGCAGCAUGAGGUCCAGCAAAAAGGGUUUGGAGUCUGAGAGAGUGGACAUUUCAUGCUGAUAGGCCCUGCACCAGGCCAGAGCCACAGCACCAGCAGGCUGAGCAGGGCCCAGUCCCCCAUUCCAGAAGCAUCUAGAAGGACACCUUGUCUCCACAGAGCAGGCUGGCCUGUUCCUGAGGCUGCCAGCAGGCUCCCUCAUACACACACACCACCUUCCACCGACCUUCCUGGAGACUGGGCACAGGUGUACCCAGAGGUGGAGUUUGACUACAGUUUUUUCCAGGAGAAAAUGUAUUUUGUUUUAUUACCUCCUUGGAUUCCUGGUCUGCUGUCUUGCUGCUACCAGGCACCAGGAACUGGCCCAGGGAGGCCUGAGCAGCCCUCUCCCACUGCCGUGAGCUGCCAUGCACUUCUCCCCUUGUCGUCCCAGAGCAACUCUCGGAGCUGCAAUGGAGUGACGCCAGAGCGCGGGCUCAGAGGAGUCGGGCAGAACUGACUGGCCACGCGGUGUCUUGGGCAGCUCUGGGCUGCCCAGGCAGAGGCCCUGUAAAACUGCCUUGCUUCUGUAAGGAAUGUUGUUUUUUUUCCUGAGACAAAAUAAAAAUGAGCCACAUUGUGUUGUAAGC